AUGGGCUCUGACUUCACGAUCGACCGGACUCCGGUCCUUGGUAUGCACCCCUCGAAAGGUUCAGUGACUGACAAAUUGGAUGCCAUCUUUGACACCUUGAAGACGAUGCAGACUCCGUUCCUUCCGACGAGUCAUAGUAUACCGGUGUACAUGGUGGGAACGAGCACUUCAGUUAUGGAGCCGGCUCUGGUUUCGACGAUGGGAACGCACGCCCCGCUUCGUCCGGUGCCGUACCGGUCCGCACCUGCCCCUACGAGUGGCCGUGGCGACGGCGGUGACGGGAACGAUCCGCGCCGAUUUGGAGAAGGCGCAUAUGGUUCGGGUGGACUCAGUGGGGGCGGCGGACCCGGAGGGAAUGGUGGUGAUGGCGGUGGAGAUCCGGCUCCGUAUCCACGUUUUGGUGCGGACCCAUACUCCCGUCGGCCGGCGGAUCGACAUUCGUUGGUGGGCAACGCCCGCAAGCAAUCGCUGAAGCUCGAAAGUGUGGACAAGUUGCAAUUGGACCAUUUCUUGGGACAUCUCGACGACCUUCAGAUUGAGUUCGAGCUGACGGAUAUCGAGCUCAUACGCAUCUUUGAAUACCGCGUGGCCGAGUCGAAGAUCCGCACUGUCCAGGAUUGGUGGGCCCGUCGUCACCGCGAAGGCUCGAACCGGACUUGGCGCAGCACAAGAAGCGCAUUUUAA